UUAUCUUCUGGGCUGCAUCCAUCUCAAACAAAGCCGCAAUCUUUUCUUAUUUUAAUUUUUAUAGCUCCUGUGGAUAUACACAAAUAAUCCUUACACAAAAUUGUCUGCAGUUUCUUCCUAAUUGUGGUUUGGACAUCGCAGUCGUUCAUUAGCUUUGCCUGAAAUUUGAGGAAAAAAAAGGGAAAAGAGAAAGGGGCAUUUGAAUAUUCUGUAAUAUUUGUUUCUGGUAAAAGGCGUCGUCUUGAAGGCUGAGGCCUUUUGAAUUCCCCACUAAAUUUAUACUUGGGGGUUGCGCUUAGUUGCUUGGUUGCUUUUCUUCGCUGUUUUUGCUUUAGCCAAAGCGUGGGUUUAUCUGUUUGUCCGUUCAUUUCUUGAUUUUUGAUUUUGAUUUGGAUACUCUGUAAUAAUUCCGUCGAUGAUGGCGUGUUUGAGAUGGAGAGUUCUUAUGCCUGUAGUUUGUCUUCUGGUUGCUUUAUGUUCUUCUUCUUCCUGGGGAUUAACAGACCCUCGUGAUGUUUAUGCAAUAACUCAGCUGUAUGCUUUCCUCGGCUCGCCAUUGCUGCCCGGAUGGAUCCCCGGCGGCGACCCCUGUGGGCCGCCGAGCUGGCAGGGGGUCGAGUGCGUGAAUGAGAACAUAACUGCUGUAAAGCUAAGUGGUGCAAAUUUGGGAGGUGUGUUGCCUGAAGAUUUGGGAUCAUUUGCCUCGAUUAUCUUGAUUGAUUUGAGUAACAAUCACAUUGAAGGCAGUUUGCCGACAGUUUUGCCGAUCACUCUAAGGAGCUUGUUUCUUUCGAGUAAUAACUUCACGGGGCGCAUCCCCGAUACUCUGUCCUCAUUAGCCCAGCUGACCGAUUUGUCGCUGAAUCACAAUCAGCUCAUCGGGCCGAUACCUGAUUCAUUUCUACCGCUUACUAAUUUGAUUAACAUGGACUUAUCCAACAACGACUUGACCGGAGCGCUUCCUUCCUCGAUGGGGAAUUUGACUGCUCUUACCACAUUACAUUUGCAGGACAAUCAGCUCUCAGGAUUGCUUGAUGUUCUUCAAGAUCUUCCUCUUACAGAGCUGAACAUAGAAAAUAACCUUUUUUCCGGACCAAUACCCGACAAGCUGCUAAGUAUUCCCAGCUUCAGAAAAGAUGGGAAUCCUUUUAACACUACCGUAUUACCGUCGCCGCCGGCCUUAUCUCCUUCAUCCCCUUCCGUUGCUCCUUCGCCUCAUUCAGGAGCUGAUAUUCCUCAUUCUCCACCAUCUUCAUUCCCGGAUUCGGGAAACAAAACGAGCAAGAAAGUCGUUGCAAAUAAAUUCGUGUGGAUUAGUAUUGCAGGCUUGCUUGUAAUUGUGCUCGUUUUGGUAUCGUGUCUCUGCAUUCAUAGAUGCUGUAAGGCAGCUGUAACCAGCGACAACGAUAAGAGGGUCGAAACAACUGACGCCCCACCAAAGACAAUGCCGAAGCAAAACCCGUUAUACCAAGCGAAGAAAGCUACGGAGAAAUCGAGCUCUGAGCCCGUGAUUGGUAGUCGGGCGAAGAACACCGUUCUAAAUCCGGGGAAAGAUCACAAUAUCGACAUGACAAUGUUGGAUGUUGCAAACCCGCCUCGUGCUCGACCCCUCCCGCUUGUUCCGUCUGAAAGGAUCGUUGCUAAUCCUACCUUUUCGCCUUUAACAUUGGGGGAAAAUUCGUCGAAGAUGAUCGAAACUGCCAAGUUCUUUACUAUUGCAUCUCUUCAGCAAUACACAGACAGCUUUUCUCAAGAGAAUCUCAUCGGGAAAGGCACGCUUGGCGCGGUGUAUAGCGCUCGCCUUCCCGAUGGAAAGGUUUUAGCUGUCAAGAAACUGGAUAAUGCUGCUUCGGGGCAUCUUAGCGAUAGCGAAUUCCUUGAGCUGGUGUCGCGAAUCUCCCGAUUCAAACAUGAAAACAUACUCGAACUUGUCGGCUAUUGCCUCGAGCACAGACAACGCCUCCUUGUCUACAAUUUUUGCAGGAAUGGGACGCUUGACGAUGCGCUGAACUGCGAUGACGAGAUCAAUAAGAGGCUUUCCUGGAAUGCCCGUCUUCGCUUGGCUCUUCAAGCUGCGAAAGCUCUCGAAUACCUACACGAGGUGUGCCGGCCACCGGUCGUGCACCAGAACUUCAAGUCGUGUAAUGUCCUGCUCGAAGAUGAUCUCACCGUACGGAUUUCCGAUUGCGGACUUGCUCCUUUGCUGCCACCGUACUCCAUGGCUCAGCUGCAAGGUUCGGGUUAUGGCGCUCCUGAACUCGAGCAGGGGAGUUAUUCAUUGCAGAGUGAUGUUUAUAGUUUCGGAGUUGUCAUGCUGCAGCUCAUAACGGGUCGGAAAUCUCUCGACAGGUCUCGUCCACGAUCAGAGCAGAAUCUUGCGAGAUGGGCGUUCUUGCAGCUGCACGAUAUCGACUCACUGUCGAGAAUGGUUGAUCCUUCACUCAACGGCACGUAUUCGUCGAUGUCCCUAUCACGAGUUGCAGACAUAAUCUCUAUGUGUAUUCAGCCUCAGGCUGAAUUCAGACCACCAAUGUCCGAGAUUGUCCAGAAGCUUUUACAAAUGGUCCAGAGAGAUUCCUGACCACAUAAGACAUUGCAAAGAAAACAGCCAUGGAUUUGUUAUCAUCUAUUCAGAAUUCUGUUUCUUCCAAAUUUCAGAACAAUUUUAUGACUGCAGUUGUUCUGUGUAUUAUAUUUUUGCCUUUCUUCUUCAGAUGUUAAAACCAGUUCAUUUGUAAGCAUUGUUUUGUAUAAAGAACUUCUGUUCUUUUUUGUGUCACUCCAGAAAUAACUUCUGCUCAAAA